AUGGCACACUCCAAACGCAACACCUCCCUCCCUCACUUCACAUCCUACGAACGCUCCCUGCUACGCUCUAAUUGGGGCACGCAACGCACUCGUCUGUCGCGCGAGUCAUUCCUGCCUUUCGGCUCUUGCCAAUUAUGCCUACAGCCCGCGCGCGCACCAGUCGUCGCCUGUGCCACGAAUGGGGAUCUCUUCUGUCGCGAGUGUGCCAUCAAUGACCUGCUAGCCCAGCGCAAGGAGAUCAAGCGCCUCGAACGAGAGCGCGAAGAGAACAAGAAACGCCUAGCGGAGGAUGAUGCGCGGGCUACCGAGGAGGCUAGGGCGAGGGAGUUGCAUGAAUUCGAGCUUGUGAGUAUGGGUCUUGAAGGCGCGGUGAAGGAUCGGAAUCCGAAGAAACGGAAAGCGCCGACCAUGGAUGAUAAUAGAAGUGGUGGGAAUAAGGAAGAAGAAAUGGCGGCAAAGAUCGAUGCGGCUACAGAGGCGUUUCGGCAGAAGGAGAUUGAGGUUAAUGGGAAGCGCAGGAAAGUGUUUGAACUGGGGGAGGCAGAGAUUGCGCGAUAUGCAAAGUCCGAGCUUGACAAACUCAAGAAACAGAUCGAGCAGGAAAAGUCAGAAGCAAAGUCCGCUCUUCCAUCCUUCUGGGUUCCUUCAUUGACGCCCAUGACGGAAAACGAGGCACUUUCAAACAAGAACCUGAAACUAUCACCAAUCUGUCCCGGCUCAACAAAGGAGACGCGACACGAGUACUCACUCAAGACCUUGGUAGAUGUGCAUUUCACCGAAGAAAAGCUAGACGGCCAGCAAAACCAACAGCAGCAAUCAUCUCGCAUAUGCCCGAGCUGCAAGAAGGCUCUAACGAAUGGAUUGAAGGCUAUGUUAACCAAACCCUGUGGACAUGUUAUAUGCCAACCCUGCGUGACAAAGUUCAUGACACCAGAGUCAACCAUCGACCCACAUGCUGUGAACGACAACGACAACAAAUAUGAAAACCUCAUCGGCCGUAUGCUAUGCUACGUUUGCGAAACGGAUAUUACGCCAGAAUCCUCCAAGAAGAGUCGUAAAUCGCCAUUGUCAUCACUGAAAGAAAAGGAGAAGUCUAGUAAAGUCAAGCCUGGUCUGGUGGAAAUCAGAUCUGAAGGCAUUCUCAUCUCGCUUCCCGGUGGUCCACUGCUUCUUCAUCACAUUAUAUAUCCGCCUUGUCAGCAUCUUUUGUGUGUGCGAACGCAACCAAUAGAGUAUGUCGAUUUUCUUCGAGGCGAUGGAGACGGCGACGAAGACAUCCAGACGCUUGGUUCCACCAUCGACAUCGCGGAGUAA